AGGGCGGGUCUCCUUUCCUUGGAAGCGCUUUCUGGGUCCCGAAGCGUUUCCCCCUUGGAGGCCCUGAGCCGGCAGUUCUGGCGGUGGCUGCUGGGGCCUACUGAGCGGCGGUCGCAUGCAGCUCCUAUGAGGCCCCUGUCGUCGGUCGGCGAUGUCCGGCUGGAGCUGUCGCCGCCGCCGCCGCUGCCGCUGCCGGCUGUGAGCGGGUCUCCGGUCGGGUCGUCCGGGCGUCUCAUGGCCGCUAGCAGCUCCCUGGUGCCCGACCGGCUGCGCCUGCCGCUGUGCUUCCUCGGCGUCUUUGUCUGCUAUUUCUACUAUGGGAUCCUGCAGGAAAAGAUAACAAGAGGAAAGUAUGGGGAGGGAGCCAAGCAGGAGACGUUCACCUUUGCCUUAACUUUGGUCUUCAUUCAAUGUGUGAUCAAUGCUGUGUUUGCCAAGAUCUUGAUCCAGUUUUUUGACACUGCCAGGGUGGAUCGUACCCGGAGCUGGCUCUAUGCUGCCUGUUCUGUCUCCUAUCUGGGUGCCAUGGUCUCCAGCAACUCGGCACUACAGUUUGUCAACUAUCCGACUCAGGUCCUUGGUAAAUCCUGCAAGCCAAUCCCAGUCAUGCUCCUUGGAGUUACCCUCUUGAAGAAGAAGUACCCAAAGGCCAAGUACCUGUGUGUGUUGCUAAUUGUGGCUGGAGUGGCCCUUUUCAUGUACAAACCCAAGAAAGUAGUUGGGAUGGAAGAACACACAGUUGGCUACGGAGAACUGCUUCUGUUAUUGUCUCUGACCCUGGAUGGACUGACGGGCGUUUCCCAGGACCACAUGCGGGCUCAUUACCAAACAGGCUCCAACCACAUGAUGUUGAAUAUCAACCUUUGGUCGACAUUGCUGCUGGGAGCUGGAAUCCUGUUUACUGGGGAGCUCUGGGCGUUCUUGAGCUUUGCCGAAAGGCACCCUGCCGUCAUCUAUAACAUCCUGCUCUUUGGCCUGACCAGUGCCCUGGGUCAGAGCUUCAUCUUCAUGACAGUUGUGUAUUUUGGCCCCCUGACCUGCUCCAUCAUCACCACGACUCGAAAGUUCUUCACCAUUUUGGCCUCUGUGAUCCUCUUCGCCAACCCUAUCAGCCACCUGCAGUGGGUGGGCACCGUACUUGUGUUCUUGGGUCUCGGUCUCGAUGCCAAGUUUGGGAAAGGAGCCAAGAAGACAUCCCACUAGGAAGAGAGAGACUACCUCCACUUCAAGAAUAUUUAAGUUAUUAUCUCAAAUAUGGACAUCUCUUGAGCAAAUGGACACAAUAGGGAUAAAGGACUGGGUUCCAGUCUGUUUUUGGUUUUUGUGUUUUUUGUUUUUUUUUUGUUUUUUUUUUUAAGAAAAGGAAGCAAAAUCACAUGUUCUAAAAAAAAGCACUUCGAUUUUAA